AUGGUUUCUGCAGAUGCUGCCCGUACAGCAGUCGGUGUCUUAGGAAAUGCGAUCGCGCUCUUCUUGUUUCUAUCGCCGAUGCCAACGUUCAUUCGGAUAUGGAAGAAGGGCUCGGUGGAGCAGUACUCGCCCGUGCCGUACCUAGCCACCCUCAUCAACUGCAUCGUGUGGGUCCUGUACGGCCUUCCCAUGGUCCACCCCCACAGCACCCUCGUCGUCACCAUCAAUGGCGCGGGGACCCUCAUCGAAGUUGUCUACAUACUUCUCUUCCUCCUGUACUCCGACCGUCAAAAGAGGCUCCGAGUGGCAGCGGUGGUGCUCAUUGAGCUCGUCUUCAUCUCGGCCCUCGCGGCCCUGGUCCUGACCUUGGUCCACACCCAUGAGCGGAGGUCGAUGGUCGUUGGAAUUGUGUGCAUGGUGUUUAACAUCAUGAUGUACGCCUCGCCAUUGUCCGUAAUGAAACUGGUGAUAACGACGAAGAGUGUGGAGUACAUGCCCUUCUUCUUGUCCCUCGCUUCUUUUGCCAACGGCCUUUGCUGGACCGCUUACGCCCUCAUCCGCUUUGAUCUCUUCAUUGCUGCUUCUAAUGGGCUCGGGUCACUAUUCGGGCUGGCCCAACUGAUCCUAUACGCCACAUACUACAAGUCCACGAAGCGUCACAUGGCUGCGAGAAAGCUCAGGGAGAUGAGCUUGUCGGAAGUGGUGGUGGAUAAUGGAGGAGAUGAAGACUCCAAGAAAACCAAUUGCACUGCCCCUCAGACUGAGAUUCGAAGGGCAUAA